UUUAGUUAUAAAUUGUAUGAUAAUAUAGCUUGUGUUGUAGGGAGAAUUGAGCGUAUAGUUUCAUUAUCAAAGGCCCUAUAAAUAGGGAGGUAUUAGGGUUUACAGAGACGGGGCCAAUGGACCCAUAAUACAUAGUUUACAUAGAAUGAUCCUAAUACAUAUUCUAUAUACACGAUAGCACACUACAUAGAAUUUCCUUCAACACUCCCCCUUGUGCUGAGUAGUAGAUAGAAUUUGGUAUCAGUCUUGUUGCCUCGUCAGAACCGUGUCAAGUAACAAAAACCCUGUGGGAAAAAAUUACCUUGACCGGAGAAAAAGAUUAUAACAUCAAGAUAGGCUUCUUUCAUUAGGCCCAUCUUUAUUUGAUCCUUGCUUUGAUCAUUAAAGUUUAUAUGUGUUGUUACCUCAUCAAAAACCUUACCAAGUAACAAAACCCGAUGGGAAAAAUAAAACUUGGUUAAAGGAAAAGAGUGUAACGUAAUGUAGAUGGGGAACUCCCCCUCAAGUCUACACAUAUCCUUAAUAGUUACAUUAAUCAAGGAUGUUUGGAAAGUUCAUGAAUUCCAAUACUUGUCACAUUACUUACCUUAGCGAAGGCACACAAAUAGAGGAAUAUAAUUCCUUUAAUUCUCCCCCUGUGUGCCGAGUGUAAGGCGAUUAAUGUUAAAAUUAUUAACUUGUUAAAAUUAUUAACUUGUUAAACCUGUUGCCAAUGAACAAAACCCAAUGGGAAAAAUAAACACCAGUCAAAGGAAAAUAUGAUGCACUAAUAAGCACGCGUCAAUUACUUUUGACUGCGAUGUAUUAAUUAUGUUCUUCCUUCAACAUAGUUUUACCUUUGCAAAAUUAAAGUGGGGGAUGGUGCAUAUUAUGUUGGCUCAAAAAACCUUACCAAGUAUCAAAACCCAAUGGGAAAAAAUAGACCUUGGUUAAAAAGGAAAAAGAGUACAACACGCCAAUAUAAUAUAAUUGAUGAUAAGUAAGUGUGUAAGUACUCCCCCUGAGUGCAACACAUCAAUAAGAAUCUAACAUUUACUUGAUAUAUACUUUUAUCAAGGUAUUUCGUAUAUAACAUCAUGGUUUCUUUCAUGAUAAAUAUAUACUCAUUAAUAAAAUAUCGAUAUAGUAAGGGGAUACAUAUCAUCGGUAAAACUCAAAUCACGUUGUUUUGUGUUAGAGUAAUACUUUUGAUGUUUUCAAUUCCUUUAGGAAUAUUGUUAUCAUCAAUCAUUUAAUUCAAUUUAUAAGGGAUGAAUAAAGAUUACUCCAAUGGUUUCAUAUAGAUAUCAAAGUACACUCUUGAUACCAUUUCAAUGACGAUAUACGAUGUGUUGGUCCUGAGUUAUUUUUAGCUAACACGUUAUUGAGAAUGUAAUAUUUGGUCGAAUGUGUUGGUCAAAGUACAAUCAUGCGCAUAUUGCACUUACAUAGGGAAUUUCUCCUCCCAAUAACUUUUUAGUAAUGGAACUUUUCUAGUAUCCAUAUUUCGACCAAUCAUGGGAGUGCUAACAGUUUACAUUUAUCCAUAUCAAUUUUGCCUGAAAACCCUUUUGGAUAUAUGCAACUGGUGAAUUAGUAUUCAACCAACUCGGUGUUUAAUUUCAAAACAGAACCAAGUUUCCCAAGAUCCUUCAUCUCAAUUAUGAUUUUCAAGUAUCUAACAUGUCUCAUGUUCCAUUAUGAGUACAUAUUAUGUCUAUAUCAUGGAGAUACAGUGAUAUUUGGAAACAAAACUUAUUCCAUUGUAAAUGCGCUAGGCAUAAUAUAUUCAUUUUGCAUCCCUUUUCAGUCAAGUGGUCACUUGGACGGGUAUGUCACUCCCGUCUGGAUUGAUUUAAUCCAAAUGUGAACGUAUAUAAUGUUAUUAAAAACCACUUGAUAAAAACAUAAGUUCUUCAUAAAAACAUAACUGCUCUUAAGUAAGAUUGAGACAUUUAUUUGGUGACCCCAAUCUUUAGCUGCGUCUCCAUUACUUUGGAGGCUACUUAAAGAUUAAGUAGUUGAACAUUUUUGUGUUCAAAAUAGAGAAGUGUAUGUAACUUUUCAUAUGUGAAUCCAGCGCGUAAUGAGAAUAAUUAGGACCUCAUUACCUCAAUACGCUUUCUAACAAAGAAUAGUUUAUGUCCUACAGGCUUUACACUUGGUUGAUUAGCACUAUCACACCAAAUACCUGUCUCUUUGUCAAAUAUUAAAUUUAUACCUGGAUUACUUGUACGCUUUUAGGCCAAAAUUCUCAUUGCUUUCAUGUUGCAAUAGAGUAUGGUUCGAUAUCAUCGUGCUCUAUAUUCGUUUGAGCAACCAUAAAUAUAUCGUCAGUAUAAGUGUAAGGUCUAUCAUUCGACUCAUACACACUCUCAUUAACAUGGAGAUUUUAAUUCUCUGGAAUCAUUUAAACUUUGGGGCGUCCCCCAUUAUUGAUUCAUGGACAUGUUUAGUCAGAGAUAAUCUCAUGAGAGGAAUUCAUAUGAUGACGAAUAUAUUGGUUUGUGCCUUAUCUACCCUCUACUACUUGGGGUGGAUAAUUGAUCGAACCAUAUGGCCUCACUCUGUUCCUUUAGAGAGCCACGACCUCAACCAUAACCCCACGUUUUGUGGUUGCAAUGCUUCUUCCUUUAGCAUUGUGUCUUUUAAUUUGAAUUCAAGUCUUAUGAAUAUAUUUGCAGUUAAUGUGUAUAAUCUGAUUACUUAAAUCAUUUAUGAUAAUUGAUAAACACUUCAACUUCAAUGUUACAUUUUGAAGUCUAAAGUUUAUCAUUGAGACAGAGUAGUGAUGUACCUGUCAUUUAAUUAGAGAAUUCUUUCUCUAAUCUCCCCCUAAUGACAGGAAAAUUAGUUGUCUCAUAAAAGUAAUAUUCCGCAAAGCGGUGAACACAUUAUUUGUUAAGACUUGUAGCGGUUAUUAUUGGAGGUUCAUAUCCAACAUAAACAACAUUUGUCUUUUAAAACCGAUUAUAGUGCGUUGUGGGAGGCGCAUUAGGCACAAUUAGUUAACAACCAUAUAUGUAUACAUAGAACAUCUCAGGCUAAGAUCCAGUCACCAAUUGGUAUACACAAAAGGGUUGUCUACUGUUGGUCUAAAAACAAAUGUGUAAGAGUGCUUGCAAUAUUGCAUAAUCCCAUGAAAAUAAUUAUAUAUACGUGUGCGCAUAGUAGAUAUAAUAUUCACCAUCUAUAUUCUUUUAGAUGUGAGCUUUAGUGAGACUUUAUUUUUACAUGGGAUGUGAGAUGAUUUUCAUUUAUCUCAACAAAUAUGCAAUACUCAUCAAAUACUUUUGAUGAGAACUGUCUAGCAAUAACAAGUCAUACAGACUUGAUUGGUCGGGUGGUGAGCCCUUAAAUGAGUAAAGUUUGCUAGAAGUUUUGCAAAUGCAACAUUUUAUGUAACAAGAAAAUAUAUAGCAUGAGGAGAUUUCUACCAAACCAUAAUUACUUAAAUGGCCCGCAUUUUGGUAGAUAAGUUCUCACAUGUCAAAUUAUUUUGAAAAAUGAGAUAUCUUCAUUUUUAUAUCCUUAGCAUAGACAAGUCUCGAUUCUAUUAUUGCUAAGGAGUAAACUUUAAGAAAUAAUUGACGUGCCUUUUACUAUUGAAAUAAUUGACGUGCCUUUUACUAUAUCUGUAAGGCAUAAUAGAAACAAAAUAUUUCUUCUCAUACUUUAAAAGAUGAAUAUAAUUUUCAUAGUGAGUUAUAUCAAAGUUUACAUGAGUCAAUGACCAUUUUGACUCAUUCACUUCUUAAACAUGCAUUUUGUUUGGCAUAUAUUAGAUGUAAUAUAAUAUUUUCUAUCUCAUUUUAUAACAAGCUUCUAUGCGAAAACCCAUUAAGGAUACCCCGGCAAAUAUUGAAAUUCUCGCAGUAUGAGAGUUUGAAAAACAUCCCUUCACAAGGGUGUAUAAAGGGAAGUUUUUCUUGUCACUUUGACAAGAGUCCACUCACAAGACAUGAACCCAUGAAAUGGUUCCAUUCUAUGUGAAAAUCAUUGUGAUGGACAAAUUUUGAACGUAGUAAGCUUGGUGACUUCUAGAUGCAUUUAGAUCAGAUGUCACGAGUAUAAUUCUAUUCAUUUAGAUAUGAGAUAUUUAGAUAGUUCAUCACCUUAAUCAAUCACAAAUGAAAAUAAAGAAUUAUAUCAAUGAAUAAAUAUUCAUUGCCUAAUUUAUUGUGUAUCAUCACAAUGGGAUAAAACACUUACUUGUUAUAAAUUGUAUUAAUUUACAACUGUCAUUCAUAUACUUCAAAGUGUCAUGAUAUCAGGUCGAAUGAGGUUCAUAUCAUUCUACUAUUUUAUGGAUAUAUUCCUUUGUAUCCAUUCUUUUAUGAAUAAAAUUCAUAGAUAUACAUUUAUUGAAUUAAUAUGCAUAAAUAUCUUAAAUGUAAUUUGAGAUAAAUAGUGAGAUAUUAAAUUAUUUUAAAAUCUCAAAUGAAUACACAUAAUUUAUAUCAAACUAUAAGUAUAGAAAUAAAGGUCUAAUUAGAAGUAACAAUGUCCAUAUUUGUAAAACUCAUGAAAGAGUAAAAACAUGGAUAAAUCCAACUAGUAGAGAUGGUUCUUAUUCUCAACAUAAGAGACAUUAAUAAAAUCGAAUUUAUAUUUAAUCUCUCGAGCGGUGAGUCUCUUGUUCGUGAGAGAUUAUAUGGGGAUUAAUACUAAAAGUGUAUUGUCAACUAUAUCAUGAAUUAAUUAUCAUAAUUGAUCAUCUUAUCUUCAUUAUUUUGUUUCGAAAUAUAUAUUUUCAUAUUCUAUUUGGAAAUUUCGUUAUCCAAAUAGCUCUUGGGAGAUUUCUUUGUCCAAAAAACUAUUGUUACUAUAUUUAAAAGGACAUAAUAACGAUAAAUCUUGUUCACUAGUGCAAGCCAAACACUUAUGAAGUUAUGAGUGAUAUAUAUAGUUCUUUGACUUGUACCGAUUUAUUAGUACACAUCUAGAAAAGUAUGUGUAAAAAUGGAUAAUUUAUUUCUAUCAAAUAAACUUUUCAGAUUGGUAGAUCACAAAAGUAGUAGCAUUCUAGUCAUAAAAGUAGUCUCUGCAAUAUGCAUCGAAGGAUCUUGAAUCCAUUUGGGUCCAGAAUGUAAAAAUCCAAUCAAGUUGAUCGGUCAUCUAUUUUCUUUUAUUUUUUUUUUAAAAAAAAAACACAUUAUAGCAUAGUGAUAUAUACUCAUAUGAGUUGUCGAAAAUUUGCAAAUCUUCGUGCGAAAAUUCCUUAUCACACAUAUAAUUAAUAGAGGAAACUGAAUGUGGUGGAAAAUGAUAAAUCUUGCACCUAUGAUAUUUAUAUAUAAAAAUGUUAUAAGUAAGAUUUCAUUUCUGUGUAAAAUUUCUUAUCACACGAAUAUUUGAAAGAGCACUUCUAGCAAUGUGUGCUAAUGUGUGCUUUCACCAAUUAUAAAUUUUAUUAUUAAAAGAAUUAUAUGCAAUAAUUCUGAUUGGUAUAACUUAUAAGCAUAUAUCUAUGCAAUAAAACAUUUAAUAUGUACAAAAUGUUAUGCAAUAAGCAUAUUAAGGGAUAUGUAUAGUAAUAAUCUAUGUUGCACGGAUACGGAUACGCCGAUACGCGGAUACGCGGAUACGGGUACGGCGAUACGGCACUUUCAAAAAUUAUAGGAUACGGGUACGGGGGUAUAUUUAUAAAUAAUAAAAAUAUAGGGUAUAAUUUGCAAAUAUAUAUAAUUCAGGGGUUCAUAAAUAAAAUAAUAAUAGUACAAAAAAAUAACUAUUAUAAUAAAGUUUCAAAGAUUAGUCUAAAAAACUAAAGUAUUGAUAUUUUGAUUUAAAUUCAAAUAAUUUUUUUUGUUCUCUAUUUGCAUUUACAUCCAAGUCUUGUUUCAAUUAAAUAUCAUCAAGCAAUGAAAUGUCAAAUUAUAGUAUUCCAUUAUUUUUCAUACUCCCGAAACCAUCUUUAUCAAUGUUCCACAUGUUGUGGUCGCUUGGUUGGCUACUAAAUUUUCGUCAUGUCGUGUAUAAAAUGAGGGGUUAUAGGUUCAGAUACGCGUAUCGGUUUACGGAUACGGGUAUCGGAAGUAUCGGUAUUUUUAAAAUUAAGCCCGAUACUUUUAUUAAAUUACGGAUACGGACCCAAUACGUACAGGACGGGUAUCGGUGAGUAUCGGAUACGGAUACGUAUCGGAUACGCGGAUACGGCAUCGAAGUGAAGUAUCGGUGCAACAUAGGUAAUAAUGAUAAACAAGCUAGACAAUGUGCCCAUGUGAAAGGGAAAAAAAAUUAUGUCGGUUUUUAAUUUAUAGAAACAUAUUCCAUUAUAUACGGAGUAUAAAUUGUUAAUAAAUGAAAUUGUGAAAUAGGUACACAUCAAUACAUCAUACGUAUAUCAUCACAAAUAAUGAAUCAAGUAGCACCUAAUUGAGAGCACAUAAUUGAAGAGUUGUCUGAUGAAUGACAUACCUGGGACCCUCUGCAUAUGGGAAUUGAAAUGAGAUGUACUAAUUUCAUGUGGGGCCCUCCACGUAUAUUUGUCCAUCCUUGCAGAGUUGCAGAUCGAUCAACUUACCUCCGACUGAAUGGAAACGACCAACGUCACCGACACCAUCUAUGUGAAUGUUAAGGUGAAGAAGUACCAGUUAAGAAGGCUGUUGGAAGGCUGUUGAUUCCUCUCUUUCUCGAUCCCGUCUUCGGGUUGAAUAGGUCCACCAGGGAUUGCUAAGUGUCACGGCCAGAUUCAAUUUCGAGAGAUUCCAUGGAUUUGUGAGGCAGAAAGUACUCACCAGACAAGGUGAUGGUCUGAUGGCCGGAUGGCGCCGCUUGUUCGCGGUUGGUUUUACCCGGUAGAGGAAUUCAAGCUGCGGCUUCGUUAGUGGCGAGAUGGAGAUGCCGCUAUUGAGAGAAAAGAAAUUACACUGUCAACAAAUUGACUGACGACUGAGGUCACAACUUCCGGCGAAGAAUGAUCGAAUCGGCUGGCUCGUUGCUAGUAGCAGAGGCGGCGGCGGCUGAAUAGGGACGUCAAUCUGCCAUAUUUGGCUGAGGAAAACGUGCACCGGACUCCAGCAAGUGACCCUCCAGCGGCGACGAACUUCCAGCUUUGACAAGGGCGGCAAAACUUCGGCAAUUGAGGCUGGUAACCGUAAGCUGUCUGUAAUUGAUGUGCGCUGCUUGAGGAACUUUCAGCAACAGAUCCGACGCGGGAUGUAUUUAAGCGACGGUAUCUGAUGGGCGGCAUUUUUGGAUCCGGCGGGCGGCGUCUAUCAGCGUCUGGAUCCGGCAGGGCGGCGGUGAGAGACUAAGUGUGACUCAGAGGGGCAACCGAAUGAGCACAGCGGCUGAUAGAGGGGGCGGCCGGCUGUUUGGGGCGGUGAUGGCCUUGAGCAUCACAUCUAGCGGCCGGCGAGCUUCGUCGGAGGGGAUGAAUCUAGUGACGGUAAAGACUAAAGAAUAGUGAUGAUUCGAACGCCGUAUGAUGACCAUGAGGCCGUACAAGUAAGAGAGCCAUUAAUGGAGGUGAUAUGGAGGUCUUUGUUGUAGCAGCGGCUGAGCAACCACCAAGGUGUCGGCCAGUGAGAAAAGAGAGAAAGGGGAAAAUUAGGUUUAGAACUUUCGUGCUGAUAACGUGUUGUAGGGAGAAUUGAGCGUAUAGUUUCAUUAUCAAAGGCCCUAUAAAUAGGGAGGUAUUAGGGUUUACAGAGACGGGGCCAAUGGACCCAUAAUACAUAGUUUACAUAGAAUGAUCCUAAUACAUAUUCUAUAUACACGAUAGCACACUACAUAGAAUUUCCUUCAACAG